GCCAACCCCAAGACGACGCCGACCCCAAAGCCCCAGCGGCCUUCCCAGCGCUAUAUAUAGCGCUCGCCGUCCCGCUCUUCAACUCCACCACCCACAUCCUGCAGCUCGCAACCAAGCCUACCAACCAGCUGAGAGCUAGCAGCAGCAGCAAGCGAACCAACGACUCCUCCGGUCGCUCGUCGGAGCAAGGAAAGGCAACGCAGCAUGUGCAACGUCAUCACGAUCCCGUCGGUCGCCUGGCUGCGCCGCGCCGUGCGCCGGUGGCGGGCCCGCCGCUCCACCUCCGCCCCGGUGCCGGCGGGGCACGUCGCGGUCUGCGCGGAGGGCGUGCGGUUCAUGGUGCGGCUGGCGCACCUGAGCCAUCCGGCGUUCCUUGAGCUGCUCCGGCAGGCGGAAGAGGAGUACGGCUUCCCGUCCGGCGCCUCCGGCCCCGUCGCGCUCCCCUGCGGCGAGGACCGCCUCCGCGACGUCCUCCGCCGCGUCUUUUCCUCGUCCCACUCCGAGGAGCCGCGCCGCUCCUCCUUCUGCCGCCGCCGCGGCGACUCGCGGCCGCUGCUUCAGGGGGUGGCCUUCCCGUGACCGCGCGCGCCGCGGCACCGAACGAUCGGGCGAUGGAACACAACCCAGUUUGUGCUGCGCGCAACGGGACCUACUGGUGACUGACACACACGGUCCCCCGGGGACGCGUACGCACAGCAACUGCCGAAGCACUGAUCCGAAGGGCCGGCGUGCUCCUCGGCGCCGCGUAAUGCCGGCCAUCGGACGCGCACGUACUGGUGCUGGGUAGUACAGUAUAUGAUGGUGAUGGUACUAGUUAGUAACUGAUUGAAGAAGGCGAGGAUUUUUUGGGAUUGUUUUCUCUGUAACUAUUCUACUCCCUCCGUUUCUAAAUAUCUGUCUUUCUAGAGAUUUU